CAAUGAAAGAUGAUAAUCUCUAUUCUGGGCUUUGUGGUUGGGCUGGAGUCCACUUCCAGUUCCACGACUACCACCAGUAUGAGGUCUGCCCCUUAUUGUCAGCCAAGUGGAGGAUAUUGUCGGAUGCAUGUGGAUUGCUGCUCGCGAAUGUGCAUUCAAGUGUCAGCGGAGUGUCGCUAGAAUAAAUGCUCGGAUUUUGAUAUAUUAAAACGAUUUAAUAGAGUG